AUGCCCAAAUCCCUUCAUGUACCGCCCUGCCCCACCACGAACCCCAACCAGCCACGUCUUGCCACUACCCCUGCCAUGAUCCCCACCAUCCCCCACUACCCUCACCCUCCCCCACGACCCCCGACCUCCCCCACGAGCACCCGCCCUCACCCACGAGCCCCUGCCCUCCCCCACGAGCCCUGCGUUGCCACAAACUCCACCCCCAAGACUUGCACCCCACUGAGACCCCCACCAGCACCCCUGCCCGACCAGCACCCCCACCCCAACAACACCCCUGCCCCACCAGCACCCCCACCCCAUCAACACCCCUGCCCCACCAGCACCCCCAGCCCACUGACACCCCUGCCCCACCAUAACUCCUGCCCCACCGAGCCCCAACAAGACCUCCCGACGACAACCCACCACCGACACCCCUGCCCCACCAAGUCCCCCACCCCACUGAGGUCCCCACCACACUGA